UCCACCGACUUCACGACACAGACAUGUAUGCGUGUUGGAGCAGCUGUGAAGGAGGAAACUAGUUCCACAUCGGGUUUACACAACAGGAGCCGACCGUGGAGACUUCGUGACGCACGGAGACGCGCAGCUUCCAAUAAACACUACUUUAAAUCAUGGAGGAUCGAGCGUAAGCUACAUCCUGCAGGUUUAAAUGUAACGAACGCGUCACAUCUUUAUAUGGUGAUCAACACUGCCUCUUACUAUGGAGAAAGGUUGGUUUAUUGGACAUGACAGGAUUCCCCCUGCAAAAUCUGACCAGCAGACUCCCAGCAGCACUGCCUCGAGGCCUUUCAUGACUAUAAACUUAACUGAAAUGCUGCGAGCUGACAAACCCAAUGUGGAAAAGAAGCCAGUUCCAAUCCGCCCGCCAAGCCCCAGAGUCCCCAAGCCAAAACAGGAAACACUCCACCGCAGUCCUUCCUGUGAACCGACACCCAAACCCAUCAUCCGACAGCGGUCACACUCUUUACCUUCUGCUACAGCCAAGAGGAAGCAGUGCAGAAAUGUUGGAGUACGGUUUGCUGACUCCUUGGGACUGGAUCUGGAAGACGUCAGGCUUUUUAAAUCUGGAGACGAUCCGUUCGUGCCACAUCAUGUUACCUUCAGGUUGCUGAUGGGUUCUGAGAUAGCAGACGAGAAGCAUCUGGAGAUCUCCUUGCCAUACAUGAAGCCAGUUUUUGCCCAACAACCUGGCGACCAGCCGGGAUUCUUGCAUCGUCUUCGUGAGCAGAAAGUGUGCCUGGAGAGAGUGUCGUGUUUUGAACUGGGCGUCAUCGGGAUCACCCAAGUCGUGAACCUGGACUUUGAGAAAGAUGUCACAGCUCGGUAUUCGUUCACAGAGUGGAAGAGCUGUACAGAAACUAAGGCCUCUUGGGUGUCCAGCAUCACCAAGACCUGGGAAGGUGGAGGCGGGCAAUUUAGUUGUGAUACAUUUCGUUUCCAUCUGCCCGUCCCUCCAUUCCUGCAGCCAGGAGCACUGUUAGAGUUCGCUAUUCGAUACGAAGUCUGUGGGGCUGAAUACUGGGACAACAAUGAUGGACAGAAUUAUAAGUUAGUUUGCCAAAACUACACACUCACUGUGCCUAAAGAAUGUGAGGAUAGCAUGGUGCACUUCAUUUAGGAUGUAGACUAAAGGCAGAAGAAAUCUCUUGAGAGCACUUUAUGAGAGCUGGCACUAAAACCUGUAGCAAACACCUGCAUAGUAACAUAAUGUUCAUUCUGUUCAAAGUGUUAACCGAGUUUGAAUGAAGUUAGAUUUGAGGCGAACUGUAGCUCUGGAUGGACUUAGAGGGAAGUUAACUAUUGCACUUAUUCCUGAUGCCAGCUUUGCUGUCACUCUGAUGUUGUUGUUUUGUACAAAUUGCACUGAAAAUUAAAUGUUCCUAGCUGUUCAAAAAUGCACUUUAGUAUGAGCACAUUCAGUAGAAGUGACACCCACAGAGAAUUACAUAAGUAUUCUGUGAAAAUUAAAUGAAUACACUUCAG